AUGACCAAGUUGGUACUGUCAGCAGCCAACUCGCAGCUGUUGAAGCAGGUCGCACAGACUGCCGAUGCUGUUCAGUCGCUCAAAGCGGCAUUUGCCGAUCAACCGGAUCAGCGGCUGAUGACCACACACAGUCCUGCUGUACCUUCCACGAGCAGCAAAGAUACUCCAAACUCAGUCGUGCUCGAUCACAAGGUCCUUAUCACCAUCGCAUCAUGGGCGAGUAACAUCAACCCUUCGGCUCAACCUUCCUUAGACCUCGAAAAGCUUAGACUAUCCUCGCUGGUCCGAGGCUCGCAGGUCUACAUCCCACCCAAACCUGUCUUCCAACGCUCCGAAGAACUUGAGCAAUCUCUUGCAGCCAUUCGUCGAGCCCAGGAAGAAGCCGAAUAUCAACGCAUGUCCUCUACCACAACCUCGAACACCUCUGGCGCAUACAGGAUCCCCUCGUCCUACACCAACAUUGCCGGUGUCGAUCCUUCUCUUUCCCUCACACAGCGUAUUCACGCACAAACUGGCUCGCCCCAGCAGCCAAACAGCUUGCUGGGUGAAGGAGAGGAACAGGCUUGGAAAGAUGCACAACGACUACUCAGCGUCAUUCUCAACAUAUUUCUCUCUACAAUGGCUACAGCGACAGCGGCUUGGUGGGCAAGUGGGAAUGCCAGUGCGGGACACAAAGUGUUGGUCAGUAUGCUGGUGGCCGUGGUGACGGCGGUGGCGGAGAUCAUAUUGUACAUCAGAUAUAGUGUCUAUGUGAAGGAGAGCAAGAAGAUCAAGGAUAACAGGAUGAAGGGUUCAGAUGUGAAGAAGGGCCUGCCCCGGUUCAAACCGCUACAACUAGACAGAGCUGGAGCUAAAGCGACAUCGACAAGAACCAAGUCGGCUCAGGAAGAGAAGCCUUCAUGA